AAAUUAAGAAGAAAUGGAGAAGAAUGCGGCAAAAAAAAAGGGUCCUUACAGGGAGAAACUUACUACCAAUGCCAAACAGAGGUAUUUAGAGAAACUGGCUAAUAUUAAAAACGUUGACCCAUACGAGCUGCCUGCAGCUGAAUGGAACAAAGACCUAGACUCUUUACCACCUUGCACUUACAUGGAAAUAGUUAAUUACUUGGUUUUUGGCAUCAGUUAUUACACUAUGCUAGAAUUCAAAAGCCUGAAAUCCUUGGAAAGUUACGAGACAUUCUGCUGCGGCUGGGUGCGCGACUUGGUCAUCUACAAGCCCCCAAACUGUGAAAACACCGUUGUACUGGCAAAGGUCAUGCAUUCAAGGCGGCUCAGCGAGCCUCCUCUCACACCAUGGGUCAUCCUUACACCAUCGGGACAAGUGUGUUCAGCCCACUGCACAUGCAUGGCUGGUGUAGCUGAGUCAUGCACCCAUGUUGGAGCCCUGCUCUUUAUGGUUGAUGCCUGUGUCCGGUUGAAGGAAAAGGCCACAGUCACUGAUGAACCGGCCUACUGGAUCCUGCCAAGCAGCAUCGACAAAGUCCAUCCAGAGGUUGGCCACAGCAUCGACUUCACAUCUGCUGCUGCCACACGCAGGUCUCUAAACAGACGCAUUGAUGGUAAGACCCACACCAGUCCUGCGUUGAGAACACGUGCGGCCAAAACAACAAAAAAAACACCCACACCAACACCGGAAGAGCUGGAAACAUUCUACAGGGAUCUCCAUAACACAGGCACAAGAUCAGCCAUUUUGAGUGUGCUGCCAGAAUACUGUGAGGAAUUUCGAGACCCUGUUCUGCCCAUCAGAAGCUUACAGUCUCUGACAAAUGUUCGUGGCACUAGCCUUGAUAGGAGUGACCUAUCAGCGCUGCAGAAGCACUGCCAGGCCAUAAGAAACAUCGCUGAUGUGUCAGAGGAACAGGCAGUGCAGAUUGAGAGAAGGACGAGGGGACAGCACACCUCUUCACUUUGGUUUGCAGCACGGGCAGGCAGAAUCACGGCCUCCUCAAUGCACAGUGUCUAUGCAACAGACAUCAGCUCACCAGCUCUCUCCACCAUAAACAGGGUUUGUUACCCUACGCGCGGGCCAGGAACAGCCGCCACCAGUUGGGGUAUCAAACAGGAGGAGACAGCGAGGCAGGCAUACACCACACACACAAAAGAACAGCACAGAAAUCAACAAGUGCAAACUUGUGGGUUUUUUGUCAACCCGGCCUUCCCACAAGUAGUAGCAUCACCAGAUGCCAUUGUGAGUUGCACCUGUUGUGGAAAGGGCUGCAUUGAAAUAAAAUGCCCAGCUAAGUACAAGGACUACACAGUCCUCGAUGCAUGUGCAUCAGAUGACCGCAAUUUCUGCCUGCAUGUGGUUGAUGGUCAGGUGCACCUCAAGAAGAUCCACCAGUACUACAGCCAGGUCCAGACUCAACUUCUUGUAACCAACAGUGCAUACUGUGACUUUGUAGUGUGGACACUGAAGGACUGUGUAAUUCUACGCAUAACUCCAGACACCUUUUUUUGGAAGGCACGGCUUCAGAAGUCACAGGAGUUCUUCCUGAAGGUGACUCUCCCUGAACUCGUGGUGCAAUAUUUCACACUACCACCUACCUCCCAAGCAUUGUUUGGCCCCAGUGUGCUACAGCAACAACAGCCACUGGAAGUGCGUGUAAAGACGCCAAGAAAGCAGCCUGCCAAAAAAGACAAAGCACCAAAGAGAAAUAAGUCAGUGUGGUGUCUUUGUGCUGGACCAGAGAAAGGUCAAAUGGUGGCAUGUGACAACAAGAACUGUACAGUACAGUGGUAUCACUUCCAUUGUGUGGGGCUUGUGGACACCCCUUCUGCUGAUACUCCUUGGUUUUGCCCUUCUUGUGCUGAUUAAUGUUUGAUGCACAUUACAUUAAUGCACUUUUUUUUUUAUUGUUUACAUUAAUGCACUUUUUAUUGUUUACAUUAAUGCACUUUUUUGUGAUUUAUUUAGAGCAUAUUGUGAA